CUAAACAAUAUGAAGGUUUUAAUGCAAAUAUAACACCAGAAUUUGCAUCAGUGGUUUAUAAAUUUUUAGUUUUAUCACUCUCUAAGUUUCAAUACUCAGUAGUUUAUAUUAUACUUUUGCGAUAAAGAGAUUUUUAUGAAUAUUUUCUAAAUGUACUUGGGAUAUUUGUAACAACAUUACCAGUAGUAAAAGCAGUAUGAAAUUUUCCUCUACAAUAUAAGUAUCCUGUUUAUAAACCUUGCAUUCUACUAAAAUUUAAGCUGAAUUAAAAUCUGAACAAGCUGAAAUGGUAUCUGAAUAAAAAAAACUUUUUUUAGACUGUUGAUACUGUUGCAAUUUUAGUUAAAUCAGUAACAACCUUAAAUCCCCAACACUAUUCUUACUUUUUAGUUGUAGACAAAGCCUAAUCAAUUUUUUAGUAUGUAAAAGCAGUUGAUAACGUGAAACAAGUUGAAUCUGUUACUUUUAAUAUAUCCCUGCAGAUAUAAAGAGAGAUUAAUCAUUAAAGGUUUUUACAUCUUUUAGGUGUUUAAUUUUUCAUAACUAUUCUAUAAUUUACAUUUAGUAUCACAAGAUUUAAAUGUACAUAUCACUCCUUUUAGAGAAAUCAAUUAUGUAUAGAAUUAUUGUUAAAAAUAUAUAUAUCGGUGUUUAGAAAGAUAGAUUAGGGAAUAGUUUUGACUUUUGGAAUGAUUGUUAUGACAACUUUUCUAUUUGUAAAAACUAAUUUUAAGAAUUUAAUGGAGGCUGAAAUUAUUUUUCUCUAAUAAAUUUGA